AUGCACGACACCAACGGUUUCAAAGUCUCAACGCCCAGUCAGGACGAGCGGGAUAGGUUCAUGGAACGACCCUUCCGCCCUGACCCUGACCGUUCGACGUCGUCGGGGCCGGCUGGUGAAGAGAUGCCUGCUGCGUUCGGCAUCACAAGCGGCAACUCGCACGAACCCUCUGCACUUCUUGUCACGCUAGACCCCGAAGCCCACAAGAGGAACUAGUGUACUGUACUCUGCCUAAGAACCCCAGCCUCGACCAACAGUAGAUCCUCAAUUUGAGUGCGGGCACUAGCUGUAUCUGAUGGGACGAAAACAUGAUGUCUCUUGUUUGUUCCUACUAAAAUAUAGUACCAUUCGGGGGUAGUAGCCUGUGACCAUGGAAGGAAUCAAGGAGUACGGAUGUUUGAAGGCACGAGCAGAGACCAGGACGUUUUAUUCUUUGUAUUAUAGGUGACACCAGCACACCAGCCGGGGUCACAUAGGGGAAAGAUAAGCA